CUUCAUUGUUACAUCAUGUGCUCCCCUCUCACGCCUCCGCUUGACAUAAAGAGUUAACUGAGCGGGGGAGAAACCUGAGAGCAGCUCUCCCCCCUCUGCUCGGCCAGCCAAUCAGAUCAGCCAGCCGGCUGGAGUUGAAGGGCUCUGAAAGUAUAAAACCAAAGUGCUCUGCACAGAGCGGUAGGAGCUUGAGCUCAAGUAACGAACUGGGAAGAGAAGGGUGCUUCUGCAAACCACCUGACUGAAAAAACUACCAAAGAACCCGAGCCAACGAACAAACAAAGGAAAGCAGGCAACAAUGAAGAGAACACUAGCAACCGUGACUCUAUGCCUGGUCAUUCUGAUGGCCACCGGCAACCCCUUCGAGAGGAGAGGAGGCUCGGCCACGGGCAGGAAGGAGAAGAGGAUGCAGUAUGCGGCGUGGGACGACGUGAACGUGAUCGCCCACGGCCUGCUCCAGCUGGGUCAGGGCCUCAAGGAGCAUGUGGACAAAACCAAGGGCCAGAUGAGAGACAUCACUGCCAAGCUGAAGGUCUUCAACGGCACCGCGGCAGACCUGGGCAAGGAGAGCCAGAGGCUGCAGGCGGAGGGCGAGGCGUUGAAGGCCAGGGCCAGGGGGCUGGAGGACAGGGAGGUCCAGGUGCUCAACGAGACUGCUGAGCUGAGGGAGAAGACAGAGGAGAUGCAGCAGGAGAGGAAGAGGGUGGAUGAGAGGAUAAACAAGCUGGAGGAGAAGAUGGACGGCAUGCUGCAGGGCGAGGGGCUGCCCGACAUGGACACGGGCAACGCAGGCAACUACAGCCACGCAAGCAUCAUUCAGGUAAGGAGGGAAUCCAUGACUCUAUUUGGUGAUUCUUUGUGUUUGGAAAAAAAGCUAGGAUACAAUUGUGCAUUUGGCGUGAAGGAAGGGAAGCAAAUGACUUGAGAUAAAAAAGUGAUUACUGACAAGACAGACUGUAAGCGAACUGCUGCAUGUCUACCCCUUCGUGAGCUUACUUCUCUGCAGUUGCCAUUGUAUCCAUCAAUUUCUGAUUGCUUGAAUUCUGAUUGCUUCAGUUGUAUGAAGGCAUUACCAUGCAAUGCUUUUUGCAGUGAGCAGCCUGUCAUAUUCAUUUACUGUGAUAACAUGACAAAACACCACAGCAAAUAGAUUAAUAGAUUAACAUUAAGUAGUGCUUAAUACAGUAGGCUAUUGGUAUUAUACUUUCUCCUACAUUAGUCAUGCAUAAUAGUUUGGCAAAUGGCCUAUUUGCUAAUGUUCAGAGGAACAACUGGAGGGGCACAAUAGAUGCCCUUUGAUGGACAAGAACAGUUGGUCUGGGAUUAUGUCCAUUGACUCAAGGGGACUGAACGAUAUUCAGCCUGAAGCACUGUCUGAAGGCACGCCAGUGGGUGUGUUAACUAGCGUGCAUUGUGCUGGAGUGCGUGGACUACGUGCUAAACGUUGGCCAGACAAAGGAACUGCACGCAUUCGUUUCAGAACGUGUGAAUAAUUGUUUUACCAUAUUUGGAACAUGGUCCAGGUGAGGAAAAUGGAACACUUGAUUUAAAGAUGGUGUGUAGCGGCUAUAGCACCUGAAAUCUAAAAAGAUAAUUUCUUGUUCUGACAUGAACUUUUUUUUGUGGGAUGGAAAACCCCGCGUUAUUAUGUAACCAAACCACCGGGUUGGAAAAGACAAAAGCUGUUGAAUGUGCUCGGAUAGGCUAUGUGAAAUUCGGCCCCAUUCAAAUUACAAGCACAUAGUAGGCUAUAUGUUAUGGUCUAAAAACAAAGUCAAAACACAGUUCACAAUAUCGGCUUUGUGGUGGGCUAUUCCUAUGUUAUAAGAAACCUAGGCUAAUUACAAUUAGGUCACAUGAGAAAGACUAACAGGGUACCUGUCUGUUUUCUUUCAGUGGAUGUUGGAAGCUCAGAAUAAACGUAUUGAUGACCUGGUCAACAGAAUCCAACUCCAGCAAGAUAAACUUGAAAAGCAGAACGUGCGCAUCAGGACCCUGCAACACCAGGUAUGAAACAUUUUGUGAAUAUCACUGACCCAUGUAUGAUUAUUUUAACAUUUCAUUGAGGCAAUUAUUUAUUAUGACUUAUUUAAAACUUCGUUUUCCUUGCUCACUCAGAUUCAGCUGAAAAAAGAGAGACCAGCAUUCAGGCGUAAACCAGAAGAGGCCGUUCAAAAUGGCAGCAUUGAGCAGCGCGACUCACCCAUCGGUAAGUUUUUUAUUUUUUAUUUAUUUAACCUUUAUUUAACCAGGUAGGCCAGUUGAGAACAAGUUCUCAUUUACAACUGCGACCUGGCCAAGAUAAAGCAAAGCAGUGCGAUAAAAACAACAACACAGAGUUAAGUAAAGCUAAGCUUCGUGUCAAAUCCGUUGUUUAAAUUGAUGCCCAGACAAAUACUGUCCUCCCAAGCCAUCUGCUUUGUGACAAUAAGAUACUUAAGAUAUCAAGUUUAACUGGAGUGGUUUCUAAAUGAUGUGAAGGGUUGACAGUAAUUAUCAGAUAAUUGUGAGCGCGCAUCUAUCUUCCCUAACCGCGCGAAAAAUUAUGCACAGGUGAUUGGCCAUGCCAAUUAAUGCACCUACCAACGACUGACAAUGUACAUUACUUGUAUGAAGGAAUGCUUUCAUUGGGUUCCCAGAAAAUAUAAUAUAUUCACAGUAUAAAGAAAAAGAUCACAGUAGUACAUUGAGUUAGGUUACACCCUGUCUUACUUAAUACAGUAGUACAGUAAUUGUAAAAGUGAUCAUGAUGUCCUCGAACUACACCCAAGCCAAGCAGCUAUUAACAUCUGAACUGUACUACAGUGGCCAACUCAUAAUGUGGGCUUUCAUCAGAGCUGUAUGGAGCUUGAUCAUGGCCAAGUUCAGACACUAGUUCCAGGGUUUCUGGCAAUGGAACAAUGAUUGACUCAUGGCAAGUUCCUGUUUAGUGCUUUAGCGGGGGUCUGGUCUCACUAAAAAGUCAGCAUUGAGGGAUAUGAAUGAAUCAAUAGGCCUAUACAGGAUAUUUGAGUCAUGAUUUCACUCUGAAUGUGACCGAUGAAAACCAUGUCACUUUAUGGAUGUUGGUCAGAUAUGUGAUUGACCUACUCAGAGUUGAUUGAAAAAGAAAGUAACAUUGUUAUACAUACCAUUUCAGUAUAUUGCCUCUCAAUCAAAAGCACUCGUGGUUCUAUCAAAAUAGUGGGUUUUACACCAUUUCCCACUGUCUGAUAGCCACUGAGGGAAGUAGGUGAAAGGUGAACCCACAGGCCCAGAACUGUGAGAUGCAGUCAUCCAGCAGAACACAAUGAGUCGUCUCAUGGCAAAUUCUGACAUCAGCAGGAUUUCAGGAAUUCUAUAAAAGAAACAAGUCCUCUGGCUGGACUCCAACUGGGGGAGAGUUCAGCAGUCUCGGACAGUGUUAACUCAGGAUCACAGCCCCAGCACAGAGGGAUAACUCACAGAUCAGACGGAGCUUGGGGCGGAGGAGGGAGACUUUGCAAAUCUAGUAUGCGACACUCUUAGAAAGAAAGGUGCUAUCUAGAACCUAAAAGGGUUCUUCGGCUGUCCCCAUAGGAGAACCCUCUGAAUAACCCUUUUUGGUUCCAGGGAGAACUUUUUUGGUUUCAGGUAGAACCCUUUUGAGUUCCAUGUAGAACCCUUUACACAGAGGGUUCUACAUAGAACCCAAAAUAGUUAUACCUGGAACAAAAAAGGGGUUCUCCUAUGGGGACAGCCGAAGAACCCUUUUGGAACCCUUUUUAUUAAGAGUGUCUGUUCCUCAGAUUAGGUCAUUUGGCCCAGAGACAGAAAAAGUCAUGAAAGAAAGCAAAAGGAGUCUGUCUAAUUUAGUCUGGUGAACUUUGUACACACAUCCUUUGUUGUUUUGAAGGCACUGACUGCCUACCUCAUUGCUCCCUCCUUCCAGCCGUCCCAUUUUUUUCUCCUCACCAUAAAACAGUGGUACAUCCCUCAAGAAUGUGCAACCUUUCCCCCAGAUCUGUCAGAGUAGUCAGAAGUCCCUCUUCUCCCCUCCUCCAUCCAUCCUUCCCCACUCCCCAUCCCUGUAGACCGCUGCCUCUCCGGCCGUAGAUGAAUUAGAAGUGUGCCAAAGUUGAGGGGAACCCCUGACUCCAAGGCAAACCGUGACCACAACCACGCACCGCUAAUCAAUAGAGUUCAUGCUUCGCCCCGAAAGGGUUAUUCCAGAAGAGUGAUGCAUUGUGGCCCCGUAGUCUGCUCUUAUGUUUGUACUUGUAAAAUCAAUAGCAACCAAGUCAAACCAAUAUCAAUCAAACCAAAACCAAUAUUGAUUGAUUGAUUGGCCCCAAUUCAAUAAAAAGAUUUAAUCAUAGUUUAGGCGAUUGGUGCAGAUGAAGAGCAUCAUAGCCGAUGAACAUAUGCAGUAUCUAUCAAGUUGGCAUCAUAUAAACUUGAACCCUUUUCUGGAAAAGAUUAAGGGUGUGCACCAACUCAUGCCUCACCAGGCACAUGACAGCCACUGGGCCUCCCAGACCUUUUGUUGAUGCUGCCUCUCCCAUUCACGUCACAGCAGCCAAUCGGUAUUAAGCAAGGAGCUCUCUUUUGUUCAGACUAGAGCACAACACAUUAACUCUUUGUCUUUCUUAGGUUUACAACUACUGAUAAACCCACUUCACGAUAAGACCCCUUUAUUUGCAAACAUUCAGCAUUCACAGACCUGGAGAGCUACAAUGAAGAAGCCAAUGAUAGGGAUCCCAGAUAGGGAAACCAGAUGUAUCCUGAUUCCUGAACAUCUGACCUAGAUAUGAAGUGAAAGGUAAACAUGUUAUGCAAUAAUGUCUCUACAAAAUAAAAUGUUAAAAACAGUAAUAUUUGAUUACUUCUGCUUGGACCCACCCAACCCCCACUUCCUUACACACAAGUGUGAAUUCCCUCAGUAGAAAACAAGUGGAGUUGGUAGAAAGGCAGAGUGGACUUUUGCCCCAUAGCUCACAAACAAGCUCCAUGUUGGCUGCUGUCUGACAUAACUGUCUGAAGUUCAAGGCGCUUGAGAUAAGAAACCAGGGUUUUUGUUUUCUAGUUGAAUGAGUCAUUUAUAAAUAGGAUAUUUGUGCCAGUGAAGGGGAAAGGCCAAAGCACUGUUAGAACACAGACCUUGACGACGUGUACUGAUACUGAGAUACGAAGUGUGGGCAAAAUGUUUGUGAACCGUGUUGUGUUUUUGUCUUUGUUCUUUCAGAGAUGGCCUCAGACUGCCAUGAGCUGUUCCUGAGAGGCGAGACGGCCAGCGGAGUGUACAACAUUCAGCCAUUAAACUCCCAAUCCUUUGAAGUCUUUUGCGAAAUGACAGCCGGUAUGUGGAGUUAGCCAGGAUUAUGCCCUUGUGUUCUGUUCUAUUCACAGGGCUUAGCUAACAAUUGUUAAAGUGACGCUCCAGAACUUCUGUAUAAUUUCAGCCAGUAUUUUUUAUAGUGGUGCUCACGAACCAAAACGUAUCCCAGUUUUUUGUGUACCACGUCAUCCAAUUGUGCACUACGUCACAAUUCGUAUAAUAUUUUACGAAUUUGUUGUUAAGAUCCCGGACUGCAUCUUUAACUAGUCCGACAACUAAUUGCUAACUUCAGGCAAAAGAAUAGCUCAAAAGCCUCUAUAGGGUCAGGUCACCGUAUAAGGUUACCCUAUAGCUUAGUUUAUGAACACAUUGUAUCCGUACAUGUACGACAGUUGGCUGUAGUAAAUCGCUUAUGGUCAAGACUAAUCCCACUGCUCUUCCUCUUUCCUCUCUACAGAAGGUGGCUGGACCGUGAUCCAGAGGCGCCAGGAUGGCUCAGUUGACUUUGACCAGCUAUGGCAGGCCUACCAGAGCGGCUUUGGCAGUCUGAAUGGUAAAUAUAUCCUCUGUUGUCUUUUCUCAUCUCCCUCACUAAAAUUCCUCUGGAGCUAGCUAGCGAGGUCACACCGAGGUUCGGACAGUACCACCCACAGCCACAUCAUAGAGCAGUACAGCGCAGAGCACUUGACCCGAAACCUCCCAGUUCAGUUUGAUUAACAAGCAGUGAUACUAACACUAAUACAGGAUUGUAGAUGUCAAGAUCGAGGGAUCAGGUAGAUCUUGAUAUGGCAGGUUUGGCAUUAACAACCAUCUAAUCUCCAGCUUUAAUGUCACUGGUGUCUUUAGGUGCCAGAAGUGACCAAAUCGCAUGUUCUAUUCCUGUUAAAUUCAAUUAAGUGAUUACCAGCCCUGUUACGAUCAGAUCCUUUAAAUUAACAAAGACACUGAGAUAUCUGGACACAUGUAUGCAGACUUUGAACAUGCUACCACAGCCACUGAUCAGGUUUUAACCCCUGUUUGAUCUCUCUCUCUCUAGGUGAGUUCUGGCUUGGUCUUGAGAAGAUGCACGCUGUGACCAAAGACACAGACUACAUCCUCAAGGUCAAGUUCUCCGACUGGAGGGACGAUUCUGAGACUAUCCAGUACCCCAUCCGUCUGGGCGGGGAGGAGAGCCAUUACGCCCUCCACAUCCAGAAGACCUCCAACGGCAACCUGGAGAGCGCCCUGGCCACCAAGGCCUCCGGCCUGCCCUUCUCCACCCCCGACCAAGACAAUGACCAGAAGAACGACACCAACUGCGCCAAACACCUCUCUGGUACGUCUCCUCUUUUUCAAAGUUCAAAGUUAUUAUUUGGCUGAAUUCCAUCUAAGAUUUAUUUAGUCUAAGGUUUAUCUCUCAAUAACUCAAAUUCGGAAUGUAGCACCAAUGCCAAUCUAACCAGAUGUUUGCUCUCUUUCUCCAGGUGGCUGGUGGUUCAGCAACUGCGGACGUUCCAACCUGAACGGCCGCUACUUCAUGAGCCCUCCUCCCAAGCAGAGGCAUCAGAGGAAGCAGGGGGUCUUCUGGAAGACCUGGCAUGGACACUACUAUCCCCUGAAGACCACCGUCAUGAUGAUCGCCCCCGCCGUGAUCGAGAACAAGUCAUAGAGGAGAGACGCUCAGCAUUCUCCAGACUUUUCUCCUCUUGAACUAAAACACUGUUAGAGGCGGUUGGCCGAUGAGUUGGGUAAGCUACCCAGUCAGUCCUGGACUCACCCAGUGAGACUUCCAAUAGAGCUAAGGCCAUCAUAAAAGCCAAAAUAACUCAUACUUGAAUGGGCUCCAUGUUUCCAAAGCUCAGUUUUUCAAAAGUCUUCAAGUCUCUCAGCUAGAGACACAACCGAACAAUGCAGAAAUGUAUGUUUAAGAUGUGAAGAAGUACAUGUAUAUGUGAAUCUAGCAGUGGAAAGUUAGCAAGGGUGUUUCACCACAGCUGUGGUAUGAGCUCACUCUUAAUCACUGUUUAAAAGCAACGCUGGGUCUCUGACUGCAUCAAUGAAUGGAACAGAUUGAGGCGAGUUCCAACAUGUGUUUUGUGUUCAAGAAACCAAGCAUUUUCCACGUUAAGACCCAUCUGACAGAGGUUUCUGAAUGCAAGAGCUCUCCCAGAGGUUCAACUGUGAUUUCUAGCUAGAACACAGUUUUGUCAGCAUGAACACUGCCCUCCACUGUAGUUGUACAAGCGGGGCAACUCUAGAGAGUUUCUUAAUCCGAUUGUAUGGACCAAAUGGUGACUGAAACAAUUAGUUGUUUUUCCACAUGAAAGUAAUGCCAUUAGCUAUCCAAAGGCAUUAUGUAAAGAAAUAAUCACUGUAAACUAGAAUUACAGAAUUACAGGACGUAAUGAGACAGAAUGUGUGUGAAGUAUUUUCAGCAAUGGUGGUUUCAUUGUCUAAAUUUAAAGUUCCUCUAUGGAGCAAACACCAUUCCAGCCUUUGUACAAUGUAACACUACUUUUCCUGCAGUUUUAUUUUGAAUCAAAGUAAGCUCACGCUCCACUGUUGUGUUCUCGUGGAGAUUUUGUAUCCUUCAGUCACAUUGACUGUCCUUAAAAUGACCAGAGUCAUCUAUUUCUGUAUAUAGUGUAUGAUGAAUGAAUGUCGACUGUCUCUUCAGAACCUUUACUGUAACUUGUUGUAAAAUUCUCUAGUGUUUUUGUCGAUGACUUGAGUUUUUUUGCCUUUUAUUUAUAAGUUGUAAAGAAUCUUUAUAUAUUUCUGCUAUCGCCUGUUUGUAAUUUAUAUUGUCUAUUUCAUGUUUUCCAGUUGUGUAAAAUUGCUGUUGUUUUUUAAAGAGAAAAUAAACUGAUCUUUGGCAUGAACCAGCCAAUGA